AUGCGUCUUCUCUUGUGUUUGUCAUCGGCCUUCGCCAUCACUUGGGCGAUCGCUGAGUCAACCAUAUCUAGCAACAAUCGAAGCAGCAAUGGCGACGCUCUCGACCCGCCCACUGUUGCUGAUCCUGUGGUGACGAACACGUCUGUCGAGCAGAGUCAGUUAGAGCCUGGUGCAUCUCCAGUGGACGGCAGUCGCAACGACGACCUGAUUCGAGAGGAGAGAGUAUUGAUAUUUGAACUUUCCGAGGAACUGAGCCCGAUGAUUGCUGGUGUUUGGCCGUUUAAUCACCCAGCAGCCUCUUUCGAGAAUAUCGGCAAUGAAGAUGGAACCUAUUGGUUGACCGACAAAUCGAGGCUGAAGGACUGGCUUCUUCAAGUUGACGAGUACCGAGGCCAGGGUUACGUCUUCACUGACCAAGAGAUGUUUAAUUUACUACGUGGCAAAAGACACGAUCACGAGCUGUUCAGGGCUCUUCUAUGGCUUUGGCGUGACCCCGCCAUGAAACUCGUGCUGACACAUUGA